AUGCGGCCGUUUGAUCUAAAAAAGAAAGUGAGGCAAAAGGGCAUCCUCACCGACCGAGUCGUGAUCACCUCGGACGAGCAGGACCCAGCCUGGUGGGACCAAGUCCGCGCACUGGGGUAUACGUCGAUCGACCAUGUCGCACUUGGCACAGAAGAGCGCUAUGGGUUGUGGUAUAGCCCCAUACUGGACGCCGUGUUCCAGUCGAUGAGCGUGGGGUUUGUCGGCACAGACGGGAGCACGUUCUCCCUUGUUGCGGAGAGGAGAGUGAGGGAUUGGAAUGAUGGGGUGACGGCAAGACUCCGGUGGAAAGGCGUACCUCCUGAGGAGCUGUAG